CGGAUAACUUCCGGUGUCAUACAAUUGUCUCAAACAAUUUGGCGGUUUAUCGGAAGUGUUUGGCGAAACAAAGUUAAAAGCUAACUUGGUUGCUAACUUAGUUGCCGCGGAUUCGUUUAACUAAACUGUUAAUGUCGUUCAGUUGAUAAAUAUAUCGUGUUUUAUUAUUAUUUUUUGCGUUCAGUGAGACGCGUCAGUAUGCUGUGUAGGGCGGCGGUGCUCCGCGGCUAGCUAACUGUUUGUGUUGUCUCCGCUGCCUGCACGCGCACAGCUGAGCCCUGCUUCUUUCACAGGACUAGCGGUCAGCUGUUUAACUGCCCAGUGGCUUUAAUGCGUUAAUAAUGAUGUCUAAUGUUCAGGAUGCCAGUGGUAAAUAUUUAUGGUGGUAUCUUCAGAGUAUGGAGUUCCAUCUCGAUGUGGCUGCCAGCACUAAAGGAAAAACAAACGUCAAGCAUCUGAAUUUGGGGAUGAACAUGUUUGAUAAACCAAACAAGGAGGCCUCCUACCUUGUUGUCCAUUUCUUGUUUAAGAAGUUGAAUCCUUCGCGUGUGCAGGAGGUCUUUAGACAUUGCUGGCCAGUUUUGGAUCACAAGGCAGAUGCUGAAUUUCGUAAGGUGACGUUUGGAUGGCUCCAGGAAAUAGUGAAUGAGAAAGGGAGCAAUUUUCCCAAGGUGGUUGCAUCACAUCUACACUCUUCGUCUGGACCAAGAUUCGUCAAUCUUAUGCUUCACUUUGCUAAAUAUGUCAUGCUAAAAAUGAUGAAGUCUUUUAGCACAGAUGGAUCAUGGGUUCCAGAGGCAGCAGCUUUUCCUGCAAGUACUCAAGAGUUGGAGAUGACACGCUUUCAGAUGGUGAAGAGGCGUUUCCAGAAAGCCUCUGUGGAGCAAGAUGCUCUGAUUCAGGAUUAUCAGAAGAGAGCCAGGCAUUUGGAGAAGUCUUUGAAGGACCAUAAGGCAGAAGAUGUCAAGUAUGAUGACUUGCUUAAGAAAUAUGAGAACAAGACCAACUUGGAAAAAGAUCUUCUGGAAAAGAUUCACAAGGUUCGAAGCUUGUGGGCAGAGAUUGAUGACGCUUUGUCCAGGCUAGAAGGAGAGCGAAGUAUGUUGGCUAGUGUGAUUGAGGGCAAGGUUGAUCAGUAUGUGCUGGAUGGAAAGGACAUUAGUGUGAAGAUUCCUACAGUUCUGCUGGAGAGAAUGGAGAGGUUCUCACAUCAGACCGGUGCUGGCAGUUUAUAUGAGGAAGGUCAGCCGGUCAUCCUGCGGUUGCUUGAGCUUCUGAAUGUUGGAUUAAGAAUCCUGAGUGAGGAGCGAGCCAAGCUUUCAGGUCCAACAUCACAGCUGAGCCACCAACAUCUCCAGGAACAAGCUUUGCUCAUGAAGCGUUCAAAGGAGACACUGAAAAACAUGAGGCGCAAGUUAUGCAAGGAGGAUUUACCGCUGGUAAAGAGCAACAUAAAGAAGCUGGAGUUGGACUGGGAGAAAAAGUGGGCUGAAUGUUUGAGCCACACUCCCUUGAUCUCCUUCCUCAAUGAUGAUCCUGUUUUGGACUUCCUUUCUCCAAUGCCUCCACUAUCCUUUGAAGCAGCCUCUGAGGUUAGCUUCAAGGCUAGUAUUUUUUCACAGUAUCCAGCUAAACUUUCUGAACUAGCAACACAGACCCUUAAAGCUGAACCUUGCCUCACUGAGCAGGAAAUUGAACAGGAUGGUGAUUUCUUAAGCUCUCUUCCAGUUGAGGACAAAACAGAAGAUAUACUUUUUUCUACUUGCCUUGCUUCACCAAGGCCUGUCUCUCCAUGUGUGGUGCACCCUGAAACUCCUACUUGUGUUAAGGUGCCAUCAGUUGCUCCUACACCCAGCCAUGUUCAGGCUAGCAAGAGGGGACCCUUGCAUUCACAAACUAAGACAUCUGCGUUGAAGCCAAAGGCUCAGAUUCUGGAGUUGGAAUAUGAGAAUCUAGCAAGUCAGGUUGCUGAAGCUGUGACCAUGAGUCCAGUGGAUGGAAGAAGCAGUAGUACAGAGUUUGAGCAGUUGCUCAAUACAUUAGCAGACCCCUUCACAACAAAGAAGCAGCUCCCUCGCACACCGGAAAGCUUGAGUUUUGUUUCAGUUAUGGAUGUCAGAAAAUCAUGGAGGAAAGCAGUGGAAGAAGGGAAGGCUGAGAAAAAGCAUGACACAUGUCAAGAUAGUCUCUCUUGGAUCAGAACACCGGUUUCUGAGGUUAAAGAUAAACCCAGCACAGAAACUUCUUCCGUGAGAAUUUCUUCAAUACUGAGUGCUGAGCCUGUAUCCUGUAGUCCCCUUCCAUCACAGAAGAGGUCUUCUCUGCACUCUACUGUUUCCUGGGACACCUCCCAGCUGGAUGCUCUAAGCCAAAGCUCAAGCAACAUCUUCCACAGCAUUGCUCAUGAGACCUUUCCAGACGCAAAGAAUGAUGAUGAUGAUGAUGAUGAUUCUUUCAACUGCAGUGAUGGCUCACAAGAGGUCCAGGAGGUGGAUGAACUUAUUCUCCCCCCAGUUGUGUCAUGUUCUCCUGAAGAGACUACGCAGCAAAUGGUUAGAAGAGCUCUGGACGACUCCCCAUUUUCUGGGAGGAUCAUGGAGAAAAACUCUGACUUUAUGCCAUCCGCAGUAAGGACAAGUCCAGGGCUGGGCAGUUGUAUUGGGGAGAAGGUAUUUUCUCUGGAUUUGGACCAGCUGGAGAGUGUCCCCUCUCCUCGGCGAGAGGAGCUACUCCUGCCCAAUCUUGUAACGUUUUCACCUAUAGAUGAAUUCUAGUUGGUGUCUAGUGUCUAAAUUCAUAGUACAAACAGUUCAGAGAACAAAUGCAGUUUUGUACCUUCUCUGCUAUGGUGCCACUAUCAACAGACUGGUUGAGAGGAAACUCUAUCCUCUAAAUGUAAAGCAUUUCUCUUUUCUAAAGUAGCUCUCUUCAGUGCUAACAUUUUUAACAGCUAGCAUGUCUUAAAGUUCAUCAAAGCCCAAAUUAUUUUUGCUAAUAUUUCUAAAUGUUCAUUGUUAUGAAUGAAUGAGUUCUAAUACAAGAACAUGUCAUCAGGAUUAAGGCUAAUAAGUGUGCUUUUAAGCAGUUUCUCAAAUGUAAAAAAAACAAACAAAAAAAAACCCUUUGUGCACUUUUUUUUUUUUUGGUCUUAAAUUGUACUGUUUUGUUAAGUUCAAUAAAAAAG